UUAACUUUCCCAUCAUUUUUUGUAUGCUACUAAAGCGUCAAACGUAAACGCGUAUUUGAUUUCCCAGUAAACUUGGAACUUGAAUUUGAAUAUGUCGGGACGUGGUAAAGGCGGUAAAGUGAAGGGUAAGGCAAAGUCUCGUUCGAACAGAGCUGGAUUACAAUUUCCAGUUGGUCGUAUUCAUCGAUUGUUGAGAAAAGGUAAUUACGCUGAACGCGUUGGUGCCGGAGCACCAGUUUACUUAGCUGCAGUAAUGGAGUAUCUUGCUGCUGAAGUUUUGGAAUUGGCUGGCAAUGCUGCACGCGAUAACAAAAAGACGCGAAUUAUUCCAAGACAUUUGCAAUUGGCCAUUCGCAACGACGAGGAAUUGAACAAAUUGUUGUCCGGUGUAACCAUCGCUCAAGGCGGAGUUUUACCAAACAUUCAAGCUGUUUUGUUACCCAAGAAGACUGAGAAGAAAGCAUAAUUAAUGAUGGCCGAAUAAGAAUUUGAAAAGAAAAGAAGAACAUCAAAUAGUAUUAGCCUUACAAGUAUAUAUGUAUACAAAGAAAAUAUUUUUAUUUGUUCACAAACUACUUUUGGUGGGACUUCCUGGUCGAAGAGUAAAAAAAAGUUUUUAAAAUCAAUGACAAAAGUAUUUUAAAAAUGUUUAAGAGAAAAAUAUUCCAUGGGACCAAAUCUUAAUAGCAUUGAGUACCUUAAAUCCGAAAUGUUUACACAAAUAUAUUACAUUUAUUCAAGAUCGAUGUGGCGCAUUGUCUCAACUUAAUCUUAUUAAGAAUAAAAAAAGCAAUAAUGUUAUGGCACGUUGGAAACUUCAUUGAAUGUACUGAAAUAAAACAUACUUUCUAUCU